AUGCGUCUUUCGAUUUGUCGUUAUUCUGCCGAAGUCGUUGCUUCGUCUUCAACUAUUGUGCCCACGCAUCGGCGAGCGGUUAGAGAGCUGCGCGUUGUCAAGAAUUUGUACGCUAAGGGUGAUGUUGCUUCGUUGAAAACAAUGCAUACGAUAAUGAAACAGCAAAAAGAUGCUGAUGAGUUAGCAAGUCGAGCCGCCGCUUACACUGUUGCACUAGGAUUGAAACUGAAUCGUUUAAAAGAGGCUGAGAAAUUUCUACCCAAAACCAAAUAUUGUCCAACAGUGAUCCGUCGAAGUUUACAGAUAAUGUUUGAAAUAAAGCAAGGACGCGUUGAUUAUGCCAUCGAUUUGCUUGAAGACGUGCUAAACGAAGAAGAGGAGGUCUACAUGAGUGAAAAUCAAUGUAUUUCAGAGCAAGCGCUCGAUGCUUUGUAUCAAGCCAUCAAUUCGAAAGAAAAUACAGCGGAUCAGAUGAAAAGAUUUCGGAAUUUACAACGUAUCCUCACCGCUUGCAAUCGGAGAACCAAUCGCUCAAUAGAUGAAUUGUUAGAGUCACAAAUUGAGGUACCAAUGAUAUUCAAAGAGCCGCACCGAGAAAUUCCGCUCAGCAACAAAAUACUUGAACAAAUUCCUCAUUUCCUCUCCGCGGAAGACCGCGAAGUUAAAUCA